GAGAAGGCGUGCAUUCCUCGGCAAUCCAAAAUCUUAGCAGAGAUGUGCGGUGGUUCAAUUAAUACCUUGUUUGCGGUUGGUCCUCAACCUGGUCCAAACGUUACUAUUAGCUCUCCAGACACAGUUCUUGACACAGGAUUAACUCACCGGACACAAUUCGUGACAUGGGAGAGUGCCUCCUAGUCAAACCUAAAAGGUCAGGACGUUCGGAAACUGCCCAACAAUGAAGGCGGCAGCAACAAGAACUUUUCUGAAGAUGAGGAACAAAGAGGUGGUGAUUAGCAGCCGGUUGACAGAUCUUGCCAGGGUCAACCCCGCCAGAGCAAACAGUGUGCUGCCUAUGGGGAGCCAGGCGAUGACAGCCAGAACUGGCUUCCUGAUGGACCAUUUUCUGGAAUAACUAAUUAUUGAUGCUUCCCCUGUAAUCCUCUGUUUCUUAAAUAACUCCCAUCUUUAUUUCUGCAGAGCUCACACAUUGCUGGAUUUCUCUCCCAAUCAAUAAAAGAGAAUACGCAAU